AUGAGCCCAAACGGUGAUACUGAUGCCGCUGGUGCAACUGGCGCGCAACCUAGGGCACUGACUGGUCGCGAAAGGGCCAGCAGCCUACAAGGCGAAAAUUUAGAAGUCAAGGCAGAGGCGGUGCCAGGGAACACGGAGCAAAGGAUGUUGGACCUACUGACGGGACUAGCGGAGCGGAUGGCUAAGCUAGAGGCGUCACAAGGGACCAAGGACCAGCCGAUGGACAAGGAGUCCAGUGUGUUCGGGUCAGCAAUAGGCCUGGGGCAACCGAUGAAUCGGCGUGCUCUCGACGUGACACCGCCGAGGGCUCCUUCUCCACAUAUGUCGCCGGGGACGUACUUCGGGAUGAACCAACCGGGGUAUGCAAGGGCGGCUGAGAACGUCGAGAGGGCACAGGCGCCGCAGCCGGGGUUACCACAACACUUUGUUCCACCUCCAGUGUGCCAGCAGGCGCAGAUACCGCAGCACGUCCCGUCGUAUGCGAGAGUGCCGGACGCUAGACAGCGCAAGCUGAACAUCCGUCAUUUCGAUGGAAAAGAGCUUUACCAGGGGCUAGGGAGCGGUUUUCUAUCCUGGGGGAAGAAGUUUGUACGGGAAGUCUCUUUUGCUGAGCGUGCGAGCGGAUUUCCGUGGAGUGAGGAUGUCAAGAUAGACGUCCUUGGACACAAUCUCACGGGAAUGGCUGAGCGGUACUAUAAUCGCCAAGUUGAAGGGUGGUGGCAAGAAGAGCCAACAUUGGAACACGCCAUGCAAAGGCUGCUUCAUACAUUCGCAACUAAGAUAACGCCAGCGCAAAGUAUGAAGCUAUUUACUGCUGCCAAGAGCCCCAAGCGCAGCUGGACAGAACACUAUUUGUAUUUGGUCGCAGUAAGCGAGGCAUGCGGUGGAGCAGACAACUUGGUCCAAGACAACAUAGUCCACUACGCUGAUCCGGCAAUGAGAGUUUCAAUGCUGGCGCGUUUGAAUCUAACAAGAUUUGAUUACUUGCGCCAAGCGGAGGAGCUGGCUCACUUCGCGCAGUCGACGGAGAUCGAGCUGCGCGGAAAGCACAUUGGAAAGGACGUCGUCAACAACGUUCGACAUGUGCGCGAAAAGACACGAAACGGGCGUAAGGACAAUCGCAAGUGCUACAGCUGUGGGAAAUCUGGACACAUAAAAGCUGCGUGCCCGGGGAACAAGGUCUCAAGAGAAGCAAGCGUCGACGUGGACUUUGUGCUCGCAGUGGGCAACCCGAGCGCUAACCACGGCUAUUGGAUACUGGACAGUGGCUCGAGUCGUCACCUGGUAAACGAUGUGAGCAUGCUCGAGAACCCAGAGGACUGCCAAAGCGAGUGUAUCGCAGCUGACGGAGGGCCCUUGCGCAUAACGAAGCGAGGAAGCGUCACAAUCACGACCACUGUAAUGGGCAAGGUCACUAAAGUGCGACUCCUGGACGUGCAAUAUGCCGAGAACCUCGAAAGGAACAUUAUAUCCUACGGUAUAUUGGAGGCUAAAGGGUUUGGGAUAGCCUACAUGGGUGAUCGCAGGGUCGUCGGCAACAUUGACAGUGGGGUGGUUGUCUUUGACGUGGAGAAGAAGAACAACGUGCUAAUAGUGCGGGACCACGAUCGCGGAAGUGUUCAGCUACCAUCGGACAUACUAAUGACGGCUUUAGCGCAAGGAGAAUUCGAAGUGAGUCAAGACGUGCAACGGGGCACGCUUAUGCAUUUUCACAGAAGGUUGGCUCACCUGAAUUAUGACACGAUCCUUCGCAUGGCAAAGGAUCCAGCCUCAGGGAUACAGCUGACCGAUGAAACGCGUGAGAACUGUCUAGCUUGCGCUCAAGGUAAACAGACCAAGAACCAGCAGUCGAGAAAAGACACUGGCACGAAUGCGCCGAUUGAUGUUAUCGGAGGAGUCAUCUGCUCUGACCUGAAGGGUCCCAUGACUCCUCGCGACAGAUUGGGAAAUCGUUACAUGGUUAAUUUUGUGGAUCAUCGCACGAACUACUGCAGAGUUUUCCUGGCGAAGAGCAAAGACGUGGCGGCCCAAAAGUUUAAACACUUCAUGGCAUUUUUCGAGAGGCAAUUUAAUUGUCGCAUUCACGUGCUGCGAACGGACGGCGGAGGAGAAUAUCGUACUCUGGACCUCUUUUGCAAGGAAACAGGAAUUGCGAGGCAAAUUAGUGAGCCAAGCAACCAAGCCAGCAAUGGGAAGGCCGAGAGGAUGCAUCGCACCAUUAUGAAUAUGGUGCGUAGCAUGGUGUUUGCGUGCGGACUGCCGCUGAGCUUCUGGGGGGACGCGGCGGAGUAUGCGGCCUACAUACUGAAUCGAAGCCCAAGUAAAGCCAACGCUGGUCGCCUAUCACCUCUACAGAUGUUGACCAAGAAGGUACCUGUUUUAAGUGAUAUUGUGGUUUUUGGGUCACCGUGCACUGUGCACCAGGACGCGAAGAACAAGUCACUAGGAGCUCGUGGCAAGCAAGGCGUGAUCAUAGGCAAGAGCGAUGAAGUGAAAGGGUACCGUGUGUACAUUCCAAGGGACAAGGUCGUGGUCGUAACUCAACAUGUUAAGAACGUUGAAACCCUUACGAAGGAACAAAACGAUCAACUACGGCGUGUGCAUCUGAAGGAGAUUGAUGAAGUUGCGUGCGAUGGCUCGACGCAGAAAGAGAAGACGCAAGCGACUGUUCAUGAUGCGAUGAGAAGAAACCACUCGAAAGUUGGUGGCUGGACGCGAGAGGCGCAUGUGACGAGGGCGACUUCGAGAAAGUCACGCGAAGACAAUGCAGAACAAAAAGAGGAGGAGGUUUCGGAUGUGGUGAAUGUCAUUCGUGAGAGCGACCCAAAAUCCUACGGUCAGGCCAUGAAGAGCGGCUUAAAAGAUAAGUGGGUGGCAGCAAUGGAUGAGGAGCUGCGAGCUUUGGAAGACAACGAUGUGUGGAAGGUGGAAGUGCCGCCCAAGGGAAGCCAUGUCCUACACACCAAAUGGGUGUUCAAAACCAAGUUGAACGCAGAGGGAGAGAUCGAUCGUUUCAAAGCGAGGCUUGUGGCAUGCGGGAACGAGCAGGUCUACGGUGUCGAAUACGGGUUGACGUUUUCUGCGGUGAUGGAAUUGAGCACGGUGAAGGUCAUACUGGUACUUGCCCUACGUUGGGGAGUACCAGCAAGACAUGGUGACAUACCUAACGCCUACGUGAAGGCGAACAAAGAGGAACAUUUGGAGAUUUUUCUUGCCAUACCUCAAGGCAUGACUGUACCUGAUGUGAUUUUGAAGCAAUUUGGAACACAAGGCAGCGACAAACUGGCGCUCAGGCUUAAAAAGUCGCUUUACGGCCUUAAACAGGCGGGUCGUCUUUGGAGCAAAUUGCUGGACACGAAACUGGUCGAGGCUGGUUUUAGUCGAUGCGUGUCUGACGCAUGUCUGUAUUUCAGACACGAUGGAGGCGAGCUGACAAUUGUCGGGGUAUAUGUUGAUGAUUUGUUGGUGACAGCGACAAGUCAGGACAAGGUGGAAGAAUUCUUUAAAGCGAUGAGUGUCCUCUCUAUUAAGGAUUUGGGUCAAGUUAACAAGUUCCUGGGCAUGAGGAUGGCUCUAAAGGACUCGAAGACUUACACUGUCGAUCAGACUACGGCGAUCGAUGAGAUGCUAAAUCAACAUGGUCUGGAUGCAGCAAACGGCGUGAGGGCGCCCAUCGGUGACGACAGCAACGACGAUGUGUCAGAAGGUGUGUACCUGUCGGCAAAUCGGGGCAAGAAAGGCGAGCCUACUGUCCGAAACUUUCAGUCUUUAGUGGGUAGCCUUCUAUGGAUUGCCCGGUGUUCAAGGCCUGACAUUAGCUUCGCGGUUCACAGAGCCACAAGACGUACGCACCAGCCCACUGUCAGCGACUGGAAGCUGGCAAAACGCGUCGCGAGAUACCUGAAGACAACAAAAGACAUGAAACUCAAGAUGAGCCUCGAAGAUGAGAAAGAUGUUAUCACGGUGAUAUGUUGGAGUGACUCAGACUUCGCGGCAGAUAAGUCCGACCGCAAGUCAAUAACCGGUGGAGUACUUACGGUGAGUGGAGUCAUCGUGCAUUGGAUCUGCAAAAAGCAGACCGGAGUAUCCUUGUCUACCAUGGAGGCCGAGUUUACCUCGGCGUCGCACGUUGGACGAGAGCUGCUGGGAUUGCGAGAAUUGCUGAAGGAGAUUGGACUUCCUGUGACGGAGCCAAUGAGCAUGCUAAUGGACAAUCAAGAAGCAAUCAAGAUGUUAGAGUCUGAAGGAAGCAUGGCGAGUGCGAAGCACGUGGAUGUGCGGAUGAAAUUCAUCUGCGAUUAUGCUAAAAAGGGUAUCGUCAAACCUGAAUUCGUCGAGUCGAAGUUGAUGAAAGCAGACCUGUUGACGAAGACUGUAACGGGGCACCCUGAAGCUUGUACUGGUGACAGUACAAGCUACUUAUUCUGA